GAGCAGGGCAGCUGCUUAUAGAUUGGUGAGCUCUACCCCCCCUGCACCUAGCUCCAGUAGCUUGGGACUGUGCAAGCAUUUCUGUGCAAGUAGGAGAAGAUUCUCCCCUCACCCACCCACCCACCCACUGGGAGAGGCAGAACAUAACCAUGCAGCACUGGCUGUUGUGUUCCUGAGCCAUCAGCUGUGUGUUAUCUCCCUUGCACACUCACACACUCACACACUCACACACUCACAUUAGCUGCUCUGACUUGCUAAUCUGCCAGAAUCACUAAUGGCUGAGAGCUGCUCCCAUACAGCUGACAGAUAGAAUAGGAGACAGAGAGAGAGAGACAUCAGCCUUCCCAGCGUCAAGAGUCUCCAGUCGUACCAGCAUCAUGGUCUCAUGGCUCAUAUCCAGGCUAGUUGUGCUGAUAUUUGGUACUCUGUAUCCUGCAUACUAUUCAUACAAGGCUGUGAAGUCAAAGGAUAUUAAAGAAUAUGUGAAAUGGAUGAUGUACUGGAUCAUAUUUGCACUCUUUAUGACAGUAGAAACAUUCACAGACCUUUUCCUAUGUUGGUUUCCAUUCUAUUAUGAGCUUAAAAUUGCCUUUGUAGCCUGGUUGCUGUCGCCGUACACAAAGGGGUCCAGUCUCCUCUAUCGGAAGUUUGUUCAUCCAACACUGUCAUCUAAAGAAAAGGACAUCGAUGACUGUCUCUUGCAGGCCAAAGAUCGCAGUUACGAUGCACUGGUUCAUUUUGGCAAGCGAGGUCUCAACGUGGCCGCCUCUGCUGCAGUAACGGCUGCUUCCAAGGGACAAGGUGCUCUCUCAGAAAGACUCAGGAGCUUCAGUAUGCAGGAUCUUUCAUCAAUUCGCGGGGAUGCCCCUUCUCAGUCUGCAGCCCCUGUACGGACAACUAGUAAAACAGCAAAGCCAAAGCUCGCCCGGAGCGUAACACAACCCCCUGAACCUUCAGUAUGUUCUUGCUGCUCUGUUGGCAAAAUCCUCAGAGUUGUUGAGGUUGAAGUGGAUGAGUCUGAAGUGACAUGUAAAAAAACCUAUGAGGUGAAGGAACUGAUUUCAGAUGAUGAAGAAGAAUCCACCAAUAGUGUUAUUCUGGAAGAAGCUCCCAUAAUUAAAGUUAUUAGGAAGAAGGACCUACCCAUUGAGCCACCACCAAGAGUCCAUAGACCUAGAUUCAGGAUGAAAAGUACUUCAGCCUCCACCACAGAAACUGCGUGAGCAUCGCCAAUAUCCAGAUCCACUGGGAAUGUCUCUUCACUGCCUUAAAAACAUAUCCAUAUCACUCAACGACAGCAAAGCCAGAACCCAGAAACAUGAUCUGACUUACCCCAACAUCUGCCAGUCACAACCUCACAGAUGAACCUGCUUUAAUUCUUUCUGGUCAAACCAACCUCUGAGACUCCAUUGCACUGGAUAGAAACUCAGUUCCCUCAAUUGGUAUCAUCAUAUGAUGAAGAGAGGAAAAUGAAGGCAGGAACUUAAAUGGACUAUAUGUUGGUGUAACUCAUAAACAGGAGGAACAUGGCAGCCUUAAUAUCACUGUAUCUGGUACUCAUGUGCACUUCAUUAUAUAUAUAUGGCCCAGGAUCUUCUGUAGCUGUUGUCAUGUAGCAUCUUCAUGGUUUAAUAAGGCGAAUCUGGUGAAUAUGAAUUUCUUCUCACUCUGUAUAUGUCAGACAAAUGACAGAAAACUGCUGUGAAACAUUUAGGGAAGAAUUUGCUACUCAAUAUAUGCACUAUAUGCACACACUUUGUAGGAGGCAGAUGUUUCCAAAACUCACCAUGUAAUCCAUCAGUCAAACCAAUUUAAUAGGUGAUUGAAGUUGUUCAGUAGAAGUGGCAGGUACAUUUUCAUGGUUUCCUCUUUAAAGGGAUAGCUAAAGAUCAAAACAGAAUCGGGCUGAUAACGAAAGUUGAGCUUGAAGUAUCAUAUCACGGGGGACCUUCCCAUCCUUUUAGGACAUUGAAAUAUGCCCAGCCUCUACUCUAUUCCCCUUUAACAGCUAAGGUUUGGAAAACACGCAAAUUCCAAAGAUAUUACAGAUUUAUGUUUCACAAAUGUACAAGAAUGUCAUGGAUCACCCAAUUUAAUGACGGGCCAGUGUAUGUCCUUGUAAAGCCACCCUUUCCAUGACAUUCCUUGAAGUCCGCCAUGUCUUGCUUUUGUUCCUAAAAUUUCCAUCAAAUUGGGAAAGCAGUUAGACUGAAAGAAAUAUCUUUGGUAAUUAAGUAAUUAUGUGUCUGUUUCAUAUUAGGGAUGCCAACAUUUUACAUUAUUUUAGAAUGGGCCCAAUUCCAGCAAACCAAAGAGGACAUCUGUAGAUGUACAGCGGCCAUAUCAAGUACGGUCUUGGCAGGUUGAGGCAUGCUAACCAUUGUUAUUUAUUAAAGUCUGAAUGCAAAAAACUAAAAAAAAAUUUAGUUUUUUUAAAAUCUGAAUUUGUAG